UUCCGCUUACAACCUAUUUUUUUGUGAUCCACAAGUGGUCGUUCCGUCUUCAUAACAAAAUAGGAAAAGCUAAAGUGUUACAUUUAAAAAGAAAUUAUCCGAGAAAAGCGUCUGUUGCUUUAAUUAGUUGGUACACAGCGCGCCCAGUAACUAUAUCUAAAUAGAGCAGGGCGGCACCGUGUAGCGGGGCGGAGCCCCACGUGGGCGCUUCUAGUUCCCUAUAAUUCCGCUUGCCGCGUCACCGCACCCAUCCUCGGAAGUGUGUCCAGCGCCGACGGCCUGCGCAGUAACUGUUUUUUAGGUAUCCCUGGGGACAGGGGCUAGGGGACUGUGGACGUCUAACGUAAAUGUCAACAACCCCGCGCAUCUUUACCGCGCAGCAGCCGCGAUGUGAUCAGUCAAACAUUAAAUUUAAUGCAAGCGUGUAUGCAUAUCAGACACAGAUGAAUCCAUUUUGUGAAAAUCAAGACUAAUAUUUGGUGAUUUUAUGGAAAAGUUUUUGGUUUCUGGACUGGACUCAGCAGCAAUCGUGGAUAUCGUGGAGUGAAUUUAUUUUAUGGAUUGUUGUGAUAGAGUGUUGAAUUGUGUUAUUUGUUUUUGUUAGUUUGUUGGGUUCAGAGCCGGGACUCCGGCACUCGUUUACAUAAAAUGGCGUCAUCACAAAUAAAUAAUUAUCAAUACAUUAUGGAUAGCGAUAUUACACCUGAGGUUUUAAUAGCUAUGAGAACUGAAUAUUACUCGAAGCUUCCGACCACCUACACGUCGGAAUGUUCGAGCGGAAAAAAAAUAUUUAUGUGCAACAUGGCGAGUCAGGACUUUGUAAAUAUAGUUCUGCAACGUAUGAGAGGGGUUGGGGCCGAAUUUGAAGGGCACACCACUGAUAAAAUGGCUUUGAAAAUUGAUCUUGAGCAUUAUAAAGUGGUCAAUGUUAAACAAAAGGAAUGGCUAGUGAAAAACAUUUGCGGUCACGAUAAAAUAAUCGUGCCAUGGGAGGAUUCAUUCGAGAUCGUCUGGAAAUUACAUCUUGAAAACGCCCAUCCAGAGCCCGCAGAGCUUAUGGACAUAAUGCAAAAAGACUACUUAAUAAACAGAAACACAAUAGAAUGCAUUAGCGAAGUGUGCCCGGUAUGCCACGGCGACAAUCAGCCAAAUGUAAAAUAUACGUUGGACAUCAUACCAAUGUGUACUGAUCCCGAUUUUUUGUACAGCAACAUCUUAGCUUACGAAGAUGUCUUUACAAAGUUCGUCCACUUACGGCCAAUCUACAAAGACCUAUCAAUUGACGAACUGAAGGUCGAACUGAUGCGAGUGUUCAUGGAUUUUGGACCGCCAAGGAAAAUUUUGUUAAGCCACCCCGUGCUAACGGAAGCCCUGGCCAAUGUAAAAGAUUUUAGGCACAAUUUCGAUUUUGACGUCAUUGUAAAAAAAGUUCAAUUAGAUUUUGACAAAAUAAAUCGUCUUAAAGCAUCAAUAAGUAAGUGGAUGAGAGACAACAAGUCGAAAAAAUGGGGGAUUAAUAUUCAUAAAAUCGAAUGGGAGCUUAAUAACAAGAUUAAUGGAAGAGACCACAUGUCUGCGAAUUCUAGAGUGUUCGCCGUCAAACUAAUGAGAGCUGAAAGAGAGAAGUUGAAUUUAAAAAACCAGGCUAUAGAAAAUGUGGCUACGCCAAGUUUUUACAGUCGACGUGAUCCCGUACUGCCCAUUAACAUUACUCCUGCAGAUGACCCGGACGACACUUUUUCUUUUGAUAUGGAUGACAACUUGGUAAAUGUAGUUGCGACUACUUCUACAGAAGAAAGAGAUUCCCUAACAUUUGAAGAAGACAAUAUUUUCCAGAACGAUCUGGUUACUGAUGGACAAUUUGAUAUACCAAUGUUCAGCGGUGGAACAGAUAUCGAUAUAUUGCAACAGGAGACAGCUCCACAGAACUAUGAAUACCAAUUGUCAGAGGAAAUGGAAGAAGAAGCUCCUCCAGCAACCGAACAAACUGAGCAAAUUGCCGUAGGGCUACCGACUGAAGGCUUUUUAGCUUACACAUUAAACACAACCAACCCUAACACACAAACCCCAGGAUCGACAUUACUUUUGAUAUAUAAAGCGCCAUGCACCCAGGUCUAUCCCGCUGGAUCGGAAUAUUUUUGAUUAGACAAUCAAGGAUGUACAGCCACCAAUCAAGAGAUGGCUAGUAUUCCUGAAGUAAACCACUCGAAUAACAUCAUGCUCUGGGAUGAAAGUAUUUUUAGUGGUGAUAACUACGAGGGAUGUGAUGGUUCGGUGCCUACUGAGGGGAGAGAAAAUACGGCUGAAGAAAAUGUGAUAGUAGAACGUACGGUUAUGUUUAAUUACCUACUCACAACCUUUUUCUAAGACCAUGUCACUUACUCUUAUGGUUGUUAUGGGCCAGUUUUUUGGUGUAUUUGUGUUGACAGUAUUAAUUGUGUGUUUCAGGUGAGAAACGCAAACUGACCAUC